CAACGGACAGCAACAGCUCCAGACUCAGGCGGGGUAGAGAGAAAGCUGGCUGCUUGGAGCAGGGCUCCAAUUAUAGCACGUUGGACCUUCUUUGACUACCAUCUCCACCCAUGCGUUACUUAACAAUGCAGAUAAAUUUUGAGGUAAACAAACAAAAUAAUUAAAAAUGACAAGUAGAAGACUUGAGGAGUCUAUGGGGGCUGUUCAGAUGGGUUUAAUCAAAAUGCUCAAAGGAUUCCAAAGCAAAGUUUCACCACCCCUGAGUCCAAAGAUGGUCACAGAAGAGGAGGUAAACCAAAUGCUGACACCCUCAGAGUUCCUGAAAGAAAUGUCCCUCACUACACAGCAGAGAUUAGCAAAUACGCAUUUCACAUGCCGACCACAGAUCAUCGAACUCUUAGAUAUGGGGGAAACAACACAUCAAAAGUUUUCAGGAGUGGACUUGGAUCAUGCAUUAUUCCAGCCCUUUCCAUCAGAAAUCAUAUUCCAGAACUAUACUCCCUGUGAAGUCUAUGAAGUUCCACUGGUUUUGAGGAACAAUGACAAAAUUCCAAGAAUGGUGAAAAUUGUUGAGGAAAGUUCACCUUACUUUAAGGUAAUCAGCCCCAAAGACAUUGGCCACAAAGUAGCUCCAGGAGUGCCAUCCAUUUUCCGAAUCCUCUUCACUCCAGAGGAGAACAAGGAUUACGCCCAUGUGUUGACCUGUGUUACUGAAAGAGAAAAGUUUAUUGUACCCAUCAAAGCUAGAGGUCCACGAGCCAUCCUGGAUUUUCCCGACGAGCUGAAUUUUUCCACUUGCCCUGUCAAAUACAGCACUCAAAAGAUUCUGUUGAUACAAAACAUUGGCAACAAAGACGCUGUGUUUCACAUCAAAACUCAUAGGCCUUUCUCUGUGGAGCCAACUGAUGGAACUCUUAAUGCGGGAGAAUCCAUGCAACUGGAAGUGAAUUUUGAGCCACAGAGUGUGGGUGAUCACAGUGAAAGACUUAUAGUGUGUUAUGACACAGGUGAAAAAAUUUGUGUAUCUCUGUGUGGAGCUGCCACAGACAUGAAUAUCAGACUGGACAAGAAUUCCUUGAUCAUCGAGAAGACCUACAUUUCUCUGGCCAGUCAGCGGACGAUAGCCAUUCACAACCGCAGUAACAUUAUUGCCCAUUUCCAGUGGAAAAUAUUCGCCACCCAAGAAGAGGAGGACAGAGAAAAGUAUAGGAUCUGUGAAGAUUUGACUAAGGAAGAAAAGCAUGAGACCGAUGAGUUUCUUGAAGAGUGCAUUAUUGAUCCUUCACUCCGAGAACAUCUUUCCAUUCUCUCCCGCACCUUUGAGAAUCAGAGGAAGCUGGUGCAGGGAGACAGCAUGCUCUUCUUGGGUAGCGUUUUCACCAUUGAGCCCCUGGAAGGUGAUGUUUGGCCCAACUCAUCAGCUGAAAUCACUGUGUACUUUAACCCUGUAGAGGCCAGGAUCUACCAUCAGACCAUUUACUGUGACAUUUCAGGCCGAGAAAUCCGUCUGCCCCUCCGACUCAAAGGGGAAGGAAUAGGACCUAAGAUUCACUUCAACUUUGAAUUGCUGGAUAUCGGGAAGGUUUUCACUGGAUCUGUACAUUGUUACGAGGCUGUACUGUCCAACAAGAGCAGCAUCGACGCCCUCUUCAAUGUGAUCCCUCCAACUUCGCCUUUGGGGGCCUGCUUUGUUUUCAGCCCCAAAGAAGGCAUCAUUGAACCAAGUGGAGUCCAAGCUGUCCAGAUCACAUUCAGUUCUGGCAUCCUGGGGCACUUUGAAGAAGAGUUCCUGAUCAAUGUUAACGGGUCCCCCGAGCAUGUGAAAUUGACCAUUAGAGGCUGUGUCAUUGGACCUACUUUUCAUUUUAAUGUUCCUGCUCUGCACUUUGGUGAUGUUUCCUAUGGAUUUCCUCAUACCCUGAUGUGUUCCCUCAAUAAUACAUCUUUGGUCCCUAUGACCUUCAAACUGCACAUCCCUGGGGAUGGCCUUGGCCCAGAAAGCAUCCCAAGUGGUGAGCAGGCUUCAACCAACAGAAGACUGUCUGGGACCAGUGAAGAAACACCCACAGUGAAACCUAAAGAAUUCACCAUAAUUCCCAGCUGGGGCACCAUUCGCUCGCAGGGAUUUGCAGCUAUCAAGGUGACUUUAUGCUCCAACACUGUGCAGAAAUACGAGUUGGCACUGGUUGUGGAUGUGGAGGGCGUGGGAGAAGAGGUGCUGGCUCUCUUAGUCACAGCAAGAUGUAUUGUACCUACCAUUCAACUAGUUAAGACAGAGGUGGACUUUGGGCUCUGCUUCCUGAAAUACCCAUAUGAGAAAACUGUCCAGCUUGUCAAUCACGCUGACCUCCCAGGAUGCUAUGAGGUUCUGCCUCCGGUGUGUGAGGACCCCCUGGCUGUGCUGCUUUCUGCCCCCUCCCCCUGCGGGCUCAUCCCCCCCAACAGCACUGUGCACGUACCACUGGCCCUGGAGACCCAGCUCACCGGAGAGCACAGGGCCACGCUUUACAUCUCCGUCUUUGGAAGCCAGGACCCUCCUUUGGUCUGUCGCCUAAAGAUCAUUGGACAAGGCCCAGUUAUCCAAAUGCAUCCCACUCAAGUUGAUUUUGGCAACAUCUACGUCCUACAGGACUCUUCCAGGAUUCUCAACCUGGCUAACCAGUCUUGCAUUCCUGCAUUUUUUCGUGCACACAUGGCAAACAAAAAAUCCCUUUGGACGAUUGAACCCAUUGAAGGCAUGGUUCCUGGAGAAGCUAAUGUUCCCCUGACACUCACUGCCAACCUGAAUGACGUUCUGACGUUCAAGGACACGGUCAUUUUGGACAUUGAAAAUAGCAACACCUAUCAGAUUCCUGUCCAGGCUUCAGGAAUUGGUUCUACCAUUGUUUCAGAUAAGCCCUUUGCUCCAGAACUCAAUUUGGGAGCACAUUUUAGCCUGGAUACCUAUUAUUACCACUUCAAGCUGACCAACAUGGGACGUCGGAUCCAACAGUUGUUCUGGAUGAAUGAUAGUUUCUGUCCCCAGAACAAGUUGAGCAUGAAGGGUCAGGUUAAAAGGGGACUUGCUUGUGGCCCUUCCCAGCCCCAGAGCUCCCAGGAGCCCAGGGAUCCAGAAGGUCCAGUGUUUCAGAUUCAUCCCAUCAGGAUGGAGCUCUACCCAGGCCAGACGAUCGAUGUGAUUCUGGAAGGCUAUUCUGCAACUCCCAGGGUAGUCAAAGAAAAGUUGGUGUGUCACGCUACGGUUGGUACCAAGAGGGGGAAGAGCUUGCUGAUGACCGUGAACAUCAUCUGUGAGUUCGUAGCACCGCUUAUCCAGCUGUCCACCAGACAACUCGUAUACCGACUGGAGAAGAAACCUAACACUAAACUGGAACCUGAUUACCAGCCCUUGGUCAUAAAGAACAUCUCCAACCUGCCUGUGAACAUGUUGCUCUCAACAACUGAACCCUUCUGUAUAUGUGAGACUGAUAAAUCCCUACUGCCUGCAAUCCCUGAGCCUAUUAAACUGGAGAUUAAUGAAGCAAAAAAUCUGCUAGUCAAGUUUGACCCUUCCUACAAAAAUGAUUUGAACAACUGGGUGGCAGAAGAAGACCUAGAGAUUAAGUAUGUGGAACACCCGCAAGUGGACAGCCUGAACCUGCACGGGGAAGUAUAUUACCCCAACCUCAGCUUUGAGACAAUGGAGGUGGAUUUUGGCUGCAUCUUGAAUGAUACCGAGGUCGUCCGCUACCUUAUGAUCACCAACUCCAGCCCCCUGCUUGUGAAGUUCCACUGGUUCUUCCUUGUGGAUCACGAGGAAAUUCAGAGAAGGCUCUGUAGGUUUGUGACAUGGACAAAGAAGCUCUCCACUACACCCACGACCCAGACAGAGUCUAUCCCAGUAACCUCACUGCCUGCCAGCUUGCCAUCAUUCCCAGCUACACUCAAGUCUGCUGAUACAGAUUUAAGUGAUUCUAUUAAGACUUCCCUGAUGGUUGAAGAUGCUGGGUCUGAAGAAAAAGAACUGAAAAAAAUCAGAGCACCCACCUUGAUCUCAGAUGGGGAAAAACAUAGCUCUUCUGAAAGAGAAAGUAGCCAGAGCCAGCUGGAUUUUGAAGAACCCCUGUGGAUCUUUCAAGAGGAGUUGGUUUCCAUGGGGAUUGAAGAAGUGUUCGACAUUUUGCCCCUCUAUGGAGUCUUGCAGCCAUACAGCAGCCAGCAAAUAUCUUUCACUUUCUAUGGACACUGUGACAUCAUUGCACAGGCCAAAGCUCUGUGUGAAGUGGAAGGCGGGCCCACCUAUGAAAUAACACUGAAGGGACAGGCUUCCAUGAUCAACUAUUCCCUCGACACCAAGGAUAUUAACUGCGGGCUACAGCUGUUCGACCACAUCGCAGAGCGUGAGAUCACACUGAAGAACACCGGGAAAGUUGGCUUCGAGUUCAAGGUUCUGACUGACCACCAGUCUUCCCCAGACAGCCUUCUCCCUGGGGUGCCACAGAUUGUGCCUCUGUCGGGUUUUAUCAGUUCAUAUAGGAAGCAAGUGUUGAAGGUUUACUAUUUACCUGGAAUACCUGAGAUCUUUCAAAGGCGCUUCCAAAUACAGAUUGCCCACCUGGACCCAGAAAAUAUCACUCUGAGUGGAGAGGGAAUCUUUCCCCGGAUCAGCCUGGAUCUUCCCAGGAACCUCCAAGGCAAUGAAAAAUAUAAAACCUUCUUGCACCAGGCCAGAAAAGAUGCAGAAAAAGAGUACAACAAAAAUGAAACUCACAGUCACUCCGAGAUGGUAACUGAGGAAAUGCCUGAGGAUGAAUCUUCUGAGUUAAGUGCUUAUCUCCAGAUGAAAGUAGACCAACUUAUCAUCCAAGCCUAUGCACUAGAACAUCAGAAAACAGUUAUCCCCGAUCCCACAGAGAACACCUGUUUCAGCCACUGGAGUCGCCGCAAACUAGCCAAAGUCCAGCUGCCAGAAUAUAUCCUGGACUUUGGCUACAUUGUCCUUGGGGACGUGCAAACCCAUAUCAUCAAGAUCACCAACACCAGUCACUUCCCAGUGUCCUUCCAUGCAGAAAAGCGUGUCCUUCGUGACACAGGCUUCAGUACUGAGCUAGAUCGUGUAAAGAAUCUGCCGUACUAUGAAACAGAAACAUUUGAAAUUAGAUUUGACCCACAAGGGGCUAAUCUUCCCGUGGGAAGCAAAGAAAUCCUGCUGCCCAUCAAGGUGGUUGGAGGGCCAACAGUUCACAUCUGUCUCCGAGCUAAGGUGAUUGUCCCUGCCAUGACGCUGUCUUGUGGAAAAGUGGAAUUUGCUGCAAUUCAGUGUGGACAGUGCAUGGUGGAAACGAUUCAGCUCUCCAAUCAUCUCCAAGUACCUUGUGAAUGGUUUGUCCACAGUCCUAAGCCUAUUAACAAGCUGGAGAAACACAUGCCAAAAUAUUUAAGACGGAAACUACAUGCUGAAUUAAAGCCAAAGUCUCAGAUCUUUGAGAUCCAGCCCACGUCUGGAAUCUUGGAUCCUGAUGAGAUGGCCAAUGUGCAAGUGAAAUUCAUGCCAAAAGAAGAGAAAUUCUACAGCCAAACCCUGAUGUUCCAGAUUGCCCAGAGUGCUCAAAAGCUUACACUGCUGGUACAUGGGCAAGGUCUGGAACCACACCUGGAAUUCAGCCCUUCAGUUCUGGAACUGGGACCACUGCUGCCUCUCGCCUCUGGAGAUGAGGCCGAGGUGACAGUGAAGAAUCCCUGCAACUUUCCAGUGGAGUUUUACUCCUUAGAAUUUGAUCGGCAAUAUCUCUUAGAAGAGAAGAUCUUGCGCCAGCUGAAGGGCUAUGACUCCUACAAUACCCUGCUGUUACCACCUCGCACCCCAGGGGAGAAUCUGCCCCCAGAAUUGUAUGAGUACUUUAAAGAGAUCAAGAAGCCUAAAGAAGAACAAAUGAAGGCAAAAAAUCUGGAGAGUCUGGCGCAGGAUAAUGAAUUGGAAGAGCUGACUGUGUCAGGAACCUCCGCUAGCACAAAGAGAACAUCCGUCAGCCAAGGGAUCUCUGUCACAUCCUACUUUGAAAACCAGCACAACCUUUUGACAGAGUCCAAAGCCUACACAGAUGAAGAUGAGGAUGAGGACAGCCUGGAAAAAUUAAUCUUUCAAAUUACAGCUGACAAGAUUCAAAGAAGCCACAGCCAUUCUGCAGAGGAAGUUGGAGAGGUGGAAAGCAACCCAGUGAGCAAGGCAAUCGCUCGCCACCUAGGCAUUGACAUCUCUGCCGAGGGCUGCAUGGCCAAGAGUCGGAAAGGCAUCGCCAUUAUCAUCCAUGGGACACCCUUGUCAGGAAAGACACCCAACGCUAUCAGCAUAGCCAAGUACUACAGUGCAGCCUGCUUGAGCAUUGACUCCAUUGUCCUGGAAGCCAUAUCUGACAGCAGCAGCAUCCCUGGGAUGCGGGCCCGUGAGCUCUGCAUCAGGGCCACCAUAGAGCAGUCCAUAAAGGAAGAAGACGACUCUACCCAGGAGGCUUCUGGAGGCCAGAGUGCCACAGUACCAUCACAACCAAGCAGUGAGAACUUGGGCAAAUUCACCUCAGAAAUCACUCUAGUGACCCCAGAAAUUAAACCUGGAAAGAGCAUGCAUGGGAGUGUGUUGUUACCCAAAAGCAAGCCAGAGAGCCACAGUUCUGGGUCACAGAAGCAGCACCACCAGCACCAAUCUGAAACACCACAGAUUCCCUCCAGCCCGCUCCUGGGGCCCACCCAGCGCCGGCUCAGUGUCAGCGCCAGUAUCGGAGGGGAGACUGGGCUGACAAGCUGCGUGUUCCCCGAUGAGCUUCUGACGCAGAUCUUGACUGAGCGGAUACAGCUGAGCGACUGCUACCAAGGAGUGGUGUUUGAUGGCCUUGACACCCUCUUCUCUUGGAGCACGACUGCUGCCCUCCGGUGCCUGCUGAAGGCCAUUGGCAGCCGUGAGCACAUCUAUGUUCUCAACAUGGCCCAGGAUUUCAUGGACAUGAAGGCCCAGGAGAAGGCCAGAAAGGAGCAAGAAGAACACAAACACAAGGAAGCACUUGAGAAAGAGAAGAAGCGUCUCCAAAACAUGGAUGAGGAAGAAUAUGAUGCCUUGACAGAGGAGGAGAAAAGCAGGUUCGACCGGGAGGUUCAGCAGGGGCUCCGGGAGAGGAAGAAGAGGGAGCUGGAGCGGUUGACCAGAGAGAUGCAAGAAAAGAAGCUACAGCAGGAGCUUCUGCGACAGAAGGAAGAAGAUGAGCUGAAACAAAAGAUCAAAAAGCCCAAGCAAGGCCCAGUGAAGGGGGAGCCCCCUGUGAAGAAACCGCAAGCAGCAAACAAGCCGGUCCCUGUAUCCACCAAACCCGAGGUCAAGACAGACUUGUUAGAAAGGAAAAUUUCUGUUAGGAAGCAAGCAAUACCUGAGAAGGAAGAAGCAAGCAAGAAAAAAAAAACCAUGGCUGAUAUCAACAUACCUGGGUUUCCUCUUGCCCAGGAGCAAGAGGACAGUGAAGGGGAGUUUCUAAAGGACUCUGCUGACAAGCAACUGAAGUUUAAGGCCUAUGAGAUGACUCUGAAGGAUAUCCAGAACCUCCUCACAUACUGGGACCGGAAGUUGGGCAUUCAGCUGCCUCACCCGGGGAUGGAGGAGGUGCCCCAUGAGACUGAUGACCAGCGCCAGGUUCCUUCUGGUGGGCGUCGGGGCCGCAAGGACCGGGAGAGGGAGCGCCUGGAGAAGGAGCGGGCAGAGAAGGAGCGCCUGGAGAGGGAAAAGGCCGACAGGGAACGCCUGGAGAAGCUGCGGGCCAUGGAGGAGCCCAGCGAUGCCGAGGGGGAAGCAGAAGAGGAUCACAAGGGGAAGAAGGAUAUGGGAGUGCCCUUUAUGAGCAUCCAGACUCCAGACUUUGAAGGCUCAAGCUGGAAACAGGCCCUGGAGAGUGAUAAGCUUCCCAAAGUAGAGCAGAUCCUGGACAUCUUGGGCCUGGGGUCCUCUGGCCCACCCAUCCCACCUCCUGCCUUGUUCUCCAUCGUCUCAUAUCCUGUGAAGCGGCUACCCGUGAUCCCCUCCGAAGUUCUCAAACAUUUUGUGUUUGUGGUCCCACCAUCUGACAAGCUGGAUGAGAAAAAAGAGGUGGAAACAGAAUCAGAUCGCUCUGCCAUCACCCUGUCAGUGAAGGGCCAGGAGGAACAGGCUAUCUCAUCUAAGUCAAGCAGAUUGAAACUGAAAGAAAAACCUGAACCACUCCAGGAGACUCAGAAGGAAAAACGUCGCUCAGCCCUUGGCAAGAAGGUCGUUUCGGGGGGAUCUGCUGGACCCAUUGCUCCCCUGACAGACAUAGACCAGAAGAACUUUGGUGGGCAGCCCUCCCAGGAGAAAUUUGUCAGGCUGAAUUACUUCCGGUGGAUCGUGCCGGCCAAUGGAGAAGUGACAUUGCGAGUGCACUUCUCUUCUAGUGCUGUCGGGAACUUUGACCAGACAUUUAACUUUGAGGUCCUUGGAACUCGUCGCCAAUACCAGCUUUAUUGCCGAGGUGUCUGCACUUAUCCAUAUAUUUGCCAAGACCCAAAAGUGGUGUUUCCUCAGUGGAAGCAGGACAUGAAAGUAAAUGAGGUCAUCUUUAAGAAGUAUGUUAUGAGCACGAAGAGGUUUUACUUCGGCCCACUGCUUUGUGGAAAGUCAAGAGACAAGUACAAGUCAUCCUUAUUCCCAGGCAACGUGGAGACACUGACAAUCCUGAACAAUUCCCCCAUGACGGUGGAGGUGUGCUUCUGUUUCCAGAAUGAUGUCAAAGCAAGCACCUACUUUCUGGAGCCUGUCAACAUGACUCUGAAGCCCAAUGAGAAGCAGAUGCUAAGUGUCUGGGCCUACCCUACUGCAGUUGGCAUCUUUGAGGAUAGCAUUGUCUGCUGCACCAAGGAGAACCCGGAACCAGCUAUCUUCAAACUAAGCUGCCAGGGGAUCCGCCCAGAACUAGAGCUGGAACCCAGGCAACUACAUUUUGAUCGGCUCUUGCUGCACAGAAAAGAAUCCAAAGUAGUUCUCCUCCGCAAUGUCACACCCCUGCCUGUGGCCUGGCGGGUCACCAGUCUGGAGCACCUGGGAGAAGACUUCACAUUGUCCAUGAUGCAGGGUAUCAUCCCUCCCUCGGCAGAGUACACCCUGCACGUGCACUUCCAGCCCUCCAAACCCGCGAACGUCAAGAAGCCUAUUCGGCUGGAGGUUUUAGAUGCAGAAAAUCUUGUUGGAGUUGUGCAGAUUGAAAAUAUCCUGAUCUUUGCAGAAUCCUAUGACAUCGCCCUGGACAUCACCUUCCCCAAAGGAGCUGAAGGAACCCUAGACUUUGGGACUGUGAAGGUCAUGGAGGAUCUGAAGCAGCUCCUUCAACUGAAGAACCGAGGGAAGUACGAGAUCAUGUUCAGCUUUUCUGUGGACUCUGUAGGAAUUUUGCCAACCAAUGUCAAUUCCAUGAUCUCAGUCCUACCCCAGAGGGGCUCACUGUCAGCAACAGAAAAGCCCACGAAUGUCCAGGUGUUCUUUCGUGCAAAAAAGGAAGUGAAGAUUGAGCAGCAGCCCAUUUUGUGCUGCCAGAUUAUUGAGCCCAAUCUUGCAGAAGGGGGUGAGAUAAUUGCCAGCAUCCCAAUUAAGUUUUCUGUGAAUGCAGUGUAUUCCAAAUUCACCAUCAGCCCCUCCUCCAUCAUCAACUUUGGGGCUUUGAUCUGCGGCACUCGCAAGAGCUCUACCAUCAGCAUAGAAAACCAAGGCGUUACUGACUUCAAGUAUGCCCUCUACAGGCUGUCAGGGGACAGCCCCAUUCAUCAGAAGAAACUAACUGGCCACUUUAGACAUGCAAGAGCCCGGGAAAGUGAAAACUUCCUCAAGACUAAAUCAGCCAAGUUCUCAGACUCAAUUCAGAAAGAAACAAACAUCACAAGCCAGGCCCGCUUCUCCCAUGGCAUGUUCACUGUGUACCCUGGGUCUGGCUCCAUCGCUGCCGGAGGACAGCAAGUCAUCACCGUGGAUUGUAUGGCUGACCCAGUGGGAAAGUGUGAGGAGUUUUUAGCCAUCGAUAUCUCUGACCGAGACCCCAGAGAACAUCCUGCUGGCAUUCCUUAUACCUUGCUUGCUGAAGCCUGCCUACCAGCCUUUGUUACUGACAACAAGGCCUCAGUAUUUGAGGAGCACCACAUCUGCACCAGCCUCAACCUGCACCACAUCCUGCAGAGCUCAGAGAAUGGGGGGCUGUUUGUGGAGGACGAGAACAAGUUCAUCUUCUGCAACAUCCUGGUGGGCCAUCAGGCCAAGGCUCGGUUCAAGAUCAGCAAUGUGGGCAAGAUUCCCUGUGACGUCAACAUUGUCGUUAAGCCCGUCUCCAACAAGGCCUUUGCCCGCAUCAAUGACAUCUUUGAAGUGGAACCUAACAAGAUGUGUGUGGCCAGUCGCUCAAAUGCCUUUGCCACAGUGUUCUUUACCCCACAGGCCAUGCAGACUUACCAGUGUAUCUUCGAGGCUACCUUGGAUGGCUUGCCCAGCACCCUGGCCAGAAACCGGGGCCUCACGUUUGAUAUUGUUGGUGAGGGAACCCUCCCUCAAGUGACUAUUGUGAGGCCAGUUCUCUAUAACCAACAUGGAAACCCCUUGCUCCUCUUCAAGAGGCUCUUGCUUGGUCAUUCAGAGAAACUGCCUCUCAUCCUCAAGAACAAUGGCACCAUUCCUGCCCAGCUGCAUGUGGACCUGCAGGACCAACAAGGAGUCUUCUCCCUGAAAGGGAGGCCAACCACCUCCUACAUCUAUAUCACUGAGGAAAACAAACCAAAUGAAAAAGCAGUAAAAGCUCACACAGCUUCCCUGGUUGUUUCUCCUGGAAACACAGCUGAAUUUGAUGUCUUUUUCCACUCCCAGAAAGUUGGGAGAGUGACAGGCAUCAUUCGCCUGUCAGUGAUCGACAACCGGUAUGAGGAGACCCUUAUCCACCUGGUGGCAGAGGGCUACAAGGAUGACAUCACCUUGGACAACAUCCACGGGCUGGUGGCUUCCUCCAGCCAAGAGGCCUCAAAUAUUUCUGAUGUCAUAGAGGUCACUGAGGAAGACACCAUGGAUGACUUGCUGGCAGCUGCUCUCAUCAACCACAUCCAGUUUGGGGACUGCCACAUCGGAAACAGCUAUAGUGCAAGCUUCACAAUUACAAAUCACAGCCAAGUGAACGUGAUACGGUUUGAAUGGCCCCUUUUAGCUACCAUUUAUUUCUCCCCACAGAUGGGCCACCUCCACCCUGGCUGUGCUAAGGACAUAGUGGUGACCAUGAAGUCAGACACACCCAUCAAUCUGAAGAAGAUGGGGGUCAAGUGUAAGCUCUCCAAGAUCAUGUUUCAGCUCCCUGCAGAUCAGGUCCCUGACUGGGAUGACCGCAUGCACACAGUCAAGUGGGUGGAUGUGCCCAGAAACACACCAGGAACCAUCACUACAAAACGAAAGGUGAUAGAGACAGAUCCUGAGCCUGUCCACUCAAUACUAGAAGAAAAUUACCGAGAACUACGGAUUCAGAUCAGUGCCAAUGUGGAUUUUGCUUCAUACCAGUGCCAAAAGAGUGACGUGUGCUUUAAGGAAACCCUGGUUUACCAGACUCGAGUGUUUGAGUUUGACCUGGUUAAUUCUGGACAUGUACAGCUAAAAUUCAACUGGGUCUCAGAUGAUGCUACAAAGGCAGUCAGCUUUGCCAAGCCAGAAAACCAAGGUUUCCCCCAAAAAGAGCAACUUAGUCAGGUCACGAUCAGCACCCUGGACAGCGCCGUGGAACACUGGACUGAGGGUUCCUUAUCACCCUUCUCUGUGGAGCCCUCUUCCGGCAUCGUGCCUGUGGGGAAGACUCAGAAGCUCAAAGUGAAAUUCUCCCCACUGGACACUGGAGACUUUGAGAGCAAUCUUUUCUGCCAGAUUCCCAACCUACCACCUGGACAGCAAGGUCCUGUCCUGGUAGCAAAAGGGCGGAGCUCCUUGCCCAUCUGCCAUUUUGACCUGAAUGACUCAGACUACAUCCGUGAGCAUCGGCGCAACCAAGAGCUCCGAGCAUCUGGCACAGGGCCUCUGGAUCCAAACACCAGGGUGAUUGAGUUCAACACUGUGGGCAUAGGAGAAAAGAAUCUCCAGACUUUUACAAUCCUGAACCCAACCAAUAGGAGCUACUCCUUCUGCUGGAUCUCUGAAGAAAGUGAAAGUCUCCAGAACCCUCCAGCCUUUGCAUGCCUUACAGAGAAGGGCUCCAUCCACCCUGAAAAGAAAGCUGAGAUGGUGUUCCAGUUCUUGCCCUCCCAUCUGGACAUCACAGAAGCCUUAUGGACUUUCUUAAUCCCUGAACACAAUAUCUCAGUCCCCUUCCUGCUGGUGGGUAGAACCACUGACCCUCUCCUCUCUCUGGACAAGUCACACCUCAACUUCAGUUCUCUCCUCAUUGGCAGAGAAGCCAGGGAGACUGUGCAGAUCAUCAACAAGGAGGAGCAGGGCUUCAAUUUUGCCUUCCAGGACAACUCUCGUUAUUCUGAAGGUUUCAGCAGCAACUUGGUCGUGUGCCCCAUGGAAGGCUGUAUCCCACCACAGUCCAGGUUCCCUAUUGAUAUUUUCUUCACACCAAAGCAGGAAGGAGAUGUGAACUUUAAUUUGAUCUGCAAUGUGAAAAGGAAAGCCCACCCCCUGACCCUAAACGUCAAGGCUGAGGGCUAUUCCAUGAAUGCAGAGGUCAAGUGCAAGGACAGGACUGGCUCCAUCACUCUCUUGACACCCAACCAGACCAACAUCAUCAACUUCUAUGAGGUGGAGUUAAAUGAAUCUGUCCAGUGUGAAUUCAGCUUUAUAAACACUGGAAAGUUCAACUUCAAUUUCCAGGCAGAACUUUCUGGGCCCAAAGCCCUGUUACAGUACUUGGAAUUUUCGCCCAUUGACAGCACAGUGGAUGCAGGACAGAGUGAACAGGCCACUCUGUCUUUCCAGCCAUUUCGGAAGAGCGUCUUGAAAGGCGUGGAACUCAGAAUCAAGAUCAGCUAUGGCCCAACAUUUAUGUGCAGCAUCUCAGGCUGUGCUGUGAGUCCAGCUGUCGAUUUCUCCUUCACCAGCUACAACUUUGGGACGUGCUUCAUCUACCAAGCCGGAAUGCCCUCAUACAAACAAACUCUGGUCAUCACCAACAAAGAAGAUACAUCCAUGAGCAUAGAUUGUUUGUACACCAACACCAGCUACCUUGAGGUGAGCUUCCAUGCCGAAGUGAUAAAGCCAGGAAAGACACUGGAGAUUCCAAUCACCUUUUAUCCUCGAGAAAGUAUCAACUACCAGGAACUUAUCCCCUUUGAAAUCAAUGGGCUCUCUCAACAAACAGUCAAAAUCAAAGGGAAAGGCACUGAAAUGAAGAUUUCAGUCCUAGAUCCAGCCAGUAAGAUUGUGAAGUUAGGAGCUGUCCUGCCAGGACAAGUCGUGAAGAAAACUGUCUGCAUCAUGAACAACAGCCUUGCGCAGCUCACAUUUAACCAGUCUGUGCUGUUCUCUACUCCAGAACUCCAGGAACCCAAGGUUCUCACCUUGGUGCCCUUCCAAAACAUCACCCUGAAGCCCAAAGAAGUCUGUAAGCUCGAAGUCAUCUUCGCCCCAAAGAAGCGCAUCCCUCCCUUCUCUGAGGAGGUGUUCAUGGAAUGCCUGGGCCUCCUGCAGCCCCUCUUCCUCCUCAGUGGCUGCUGCCAGGCUCUGGAGAUCUCUUUGGACCAGGAUAACCUCCCCUUUGGACCAGUCGUGUUUCAGACACAAGCCACACGCCGCAUCCUCAUGUUGAACACAGGAGACAUGGGGGCAAGGUUCAAAUGGGAUGUCAAGAAAUUCGAGCCUCAUUUCUCCAUCAGCCCGGAUGAGGGUUACAUCACCACUGGCAUGGAGGUUUCUUUCGAAGUGACCUACCAUCCCACGGAGGUGGGAAAGGAGACUUUCUGUAAAAACAUUCCCUGCUUCAUCCAGGGGGGCAGUCCUCUGAGCCUCACCCUGUCUGGUGUCUGCGUGGGGCCACCUGCUGUAAAAGAGGUGGUGAAUUUCAACUGCCAGGUGCGCUGCAAGAACACGCAGACCAUUUUGCUGUCAAACCACACCAACCAGACCUGGAAUCUGCGCCCCAUCUUUGAGGGUGAGCACUGGGAAGGGCCGGAGUUCAUCACACUGGAGCCCCAUCAGCAAAAUAAGCCUUACGAGAUCACCUACAGGCCCCGCACCAUGAACUUGGAGAACCGCAAGCACCAGGGCACCCUCUUCUUCCCGCUUCCAGAUGGAACCGGCUGGCUUUAUGCUCUGCAUGGGACUGCUGAACUCCCGAAAGCUGUAGCCAAUAUCUACCGUGAGGUGCCAUGUAAGACACCCUACACCGAGCUCCUGUCAAUCACCAACUGGCUGAAUAAGCCCCAGAGAUUCCGGGUCAUCAUAGAAAUGGUGAAACCAGAGAAGGCAGACCUAAGCAUCACUAUGAAGGGCCUUGAUUACAUUGACCUGCUCUCGGGCUCCAAGAAAGACUACAAACUGAACUUCUUUUCCCACAAGGAGGGACUCUACACUGCAAAGGUGAUCUUCCGAAAUGAGGUGACUAAUGAGUUCUUGUUCUACACGGUGAGUUUCAAGGUCACCCCUUCGGGCACCAUCAAAACCAUCAAAAUGACAAGCCCAGUGCGGCAGAGCGCAUCAGCCUCCAUCAAGCUGGAGAACCCCCUGCCCUACUCAGCAACCUUCUCCGCGGAAUGCAGGGUGUCUGAUAUCAGCCUGCCCUCCCAGUUUGCUGUGCCUGCCAACUCUGAGGGCACAUUCUCAUUUGAAUACCAGCCCCUGAAAGCUGGCGAAACCUUAGGAAGACUAACUUUGUACAACAGUGAUUUGGGUUACUACCAGUACGAGCUCAAUCUGAAGGCUGUGCCAGCACCUCCUGAAAAGCCCAUCCACUUCCAGACUGUUCUUGGCAGCAGCCAAAGCAUCUUUGCAAAGUUCAUCAAUUAUACACGGCAGAAGACAGAGUACUCCUCCAGGACAGACUGUCCAGAUUUUCACACAGAAAAAGUCAUCAGUGCACCCCCAGGAGCCCAGGGAGGCACUGAAGUCAGCAUGGAAGUCUUCUUUGAACCCAGCCACCUGGGUGAGACCAAGGGCAUCCUGACCCUGGCAUCACUUCUAGGUGGGGAGUACAUCAUCCCCCUCUUCGGAAUGGCUCUACCCCCCAAGCCCCAGGGACCCUUCGUGAUCCGAGCUGGGUACAACAUAGUCAUCCCCUUCAAGAACAUCUUCCUUCACACAGCCAGCUUCUCCUGCACUGUGAAUAACCCAGCCUUCACUGUCCGUGCUGCAGACUCUGUGCGGCCCAAGAAGGUCAACAACAUCACAGUCUCCUUUGAAGGAAACCCAUCCGGCACCAAAACCCCCAUCACCACCAAGCUGACUGUGACCUGCCCAACCUGUGAAGGCAGUGAAGCAGGAAUUAAAUGGGUUUAUUACCUGAAGGGCAUCACCCCUUAGUGGCAAGCAGGGUCACCUGCACCAACCAAAAGCCACCUCCUCGGGCUCAAGAGCCACACAUCAUCCGAACCUGAUAAAGAAUACAGAAGAAAGUAAGAAUUCUAAAGGGACCAUAUUACACCCCUCACUUAAUGAUAGGGGCAGUUAUUUCUAUAUUAUAUGUUCUUAAAACAGCUAUAAAAUAUUUAUUUUAUGUGAAGCAUUAUAGCUACAUGCAACAGAUCUUUAUCUGAGGUAACUCAGUCCUUGAAAGCUCCUGAAUUUUAUUUCUUGAUAUUUUCCAUAGCUCAAGCACUCUAUAAUGACCCCCAAUUUUAACAAAAAGAUGCAGGUAUCACACUCAUGAUCUUCUCCUCACAGCACUUAGCCGCGCCUGACACCAAGGCACUGUAGUUUCAUCUUCAAAUCUAAAGCACCCUUAGAUAUGAGACCAUUUUGAUGUGGUAUUUUAUUUUCUUUUCAUAUAAAAGCCAAAGAAAUAACUAUUUUCAAAGCGAUCAGAUAACAUUAGGGCAACCAAGAGAUUUUCUCAUCCUCUUUUCUCUUCGAUUUUUAUACGAUUACCCUCCGAAUCUCAUAUCUGUUGCCUACAGAAAGGUCUCCCGCAUGGCAGAUAGAGAUGCAGCCCCCAGUGCCGUCCCUGGCCCUGGGCACCGAAGUUGGCUGGAGAUCAGUGAUUCCCCUACCCAUCUGCACAUUGUCUCACUUAAUUCUCACCCAGAAUCCACCCCUCCCCGAAUUCCACUCUAAUUAGUCUGGGGAGGGCAUAAGCAUCUCUGUCUGCAAAACUUGUACUGCUGAGUUGAGAGCCAGGGCUACAGAGAAAACACACACCCAGCCGUUUGUGCCACAACUGAGUCAGGAAUCCCAUCAGGGGAAGGACCAUGUCCCAGUUGGAUGUGUUGAUAUUUUGUGUGCACAUAAGGAUGACCAGGUAGGCCAGUGCCUUUCCUGAGCACCAUUCCAGAAGCUCUGCCCUGGGGUACCUGGUGCAGCCCAGAGGCCUGGCCUCAAGCCUGCCUCUUCCCUUGGGUCUCGAGGUGUGUAUUCCAACGACCACUUACCUGUCGGUGCCAAGUGUUGAAAUAAAGAUGGCUGAAGACUG